AUGAUCACCAGAAAACUUUGUUUCUUAUUUUUGGCGGCUAUUGUUUCUCUAUCCGGAUGUUCUGAAGAUGGUUCUAGAAGGAAACGCGUGCGUGCAGACAGUGCCGCCGUGAGAGAGCCCGCUCAAGCCUUAGAUGCUCCCGAGCCAGAAGUCAAAACCUCAUCGGCACCUAGUUCUUUUCUCAGCCCCUCUGUUAAAGAGUACCUUGAACUUGGAAUGGCCAUACCUGGAAAACCGGGAAUUGAUUAUCCGUUGCUAGGCGCAGUGCCGUAUACAAACUUCUAUUGUGAUGAACAAGCAUACCCCGGAUUCUUUGCUGAUAUGGAUACACGGUGCCAAGCGUGGCACUAUUGCGAUAUAGAUGGGCGGCAGGCAUCCUUCCUCUGUCCCAACGGGACGGUGUUUUCACAAGGGGUCGCAUCUUGUGAUUGGUGGUUCAACGUGAGAUGUGCCCUCUCUCCAGCCCUGUACCCUCUCAAUGCCCGACUCUACAGACGCAGGAAAAAGCAAAGAAAACCUAAACCGCACAGAGUGAUCGACAAGAAGCUUAUUGACGAAAUAUUUUUAUAA